UUUGGCAUGAUUGUCAAUAUUUGUUGUGCAACACGCAACACGAAUUAUUUAGUAAAUAAUUGAAUUUUAGUUGAUUUUAGUAUUUUUUUUCAUUAUGUCUUCGGCAUGUGAAUGUCCCCCUACCCGCAAUUACUACAGGUACUAUGACACGCCUGAUGGAUGUGAUGUGAUGAAGAAGGCGAUGGUGACCACCAGAUACGGGGUCGUGGCCGGAGUAAUUCUGUCCACGUACGACGUGAUGAUUUACUCGCAGCCUUUAGGCCUUGUCAACGUGCUGAAAAGGUACAUGGUUCAUACCGUCCCCCUGGGGCUGAUGGGCGCUACGUUCGCUGUUGUUGCCAAUGGAGUUCAGAAUUUCAGGCAAAAGGACGAUAUUCUAAACUAUUUUAUUGGUGGAUACGCCUGCAGCCCGUUCCUGGCCUGGUACGUGGGGUCGAAACACGCGCUCUUCGUAGGCGGAAUCCUGAUGGGGACAGCUGCGAUGGUGAAGAAGCUCGGCGUGGACCGUGGAUGGACCUUCAUUCCCCAACUACCAGGUCACAUGAACACGGUGCGGAGCUGGAGGAACGAUUGGAGCCUGGCCGUUGAUCCUAGAGACGACAUGAUGCACACCUGCGGCCAAACCAAAAAGUAACCUUCCGGAAUCUUCCAUCGAAUUGAGAUGAUAGUGUUGUGAUUUUUAUGGUAAUAAAUCGGUUUUUU